CGUGUCUUUGACAUAUCCUGCCAUAGGCGGAAGUGUCUGGGAUUUUUCUCAAUCCAUCCCUCCUAACCAGCCGUUUGUAAAAGCAGACGGGGUGAAAACCGUCUGGACCUCUUCCCGCACCAUCACUACAACCAGCCGGGCUCCACUGAGCGUCGGCGUGCGUCAGUUAAUAGAGCCAUAUAACAGCACGGGUCAUGCUCUGUCAGUUUAGGCUUUUUCGACAUCAGCCGUGGGUCUGCGCAAUCGACGUGAACGCCUGCCUGGACACAGGAGAGGAUUAAGUUACUGUUGCUGGCUGCGGAUUAUUUUAUUGGCCUCCUCCUGUCACGCCCGAGUCUUUGGUGAUCCCUUUUCCAAUUAGCAGAGGUCGCUCAAAAGCCAGAUAUGUCAUUCCGACGAGGUGUGGUCAGGCAGAGCAAGUUCCGCCACGUCUUCGCCCAGGCGUGGAAAGCUGAGCACUGCAUCGACGAUGUCAGAGUGUCCCGCGUGACGUGGGACAGUCCCCUCUGCGCCGUCAACCCCAAAUUCAUCGCUGUUAUCAUUGAGGCCGGCGGAGGAGGGGCCUUCCUCGUUGUUCCUAUCGGCAAGAGCGGCAGGAUCGAUCAGUCCUGUCCCACCGUGUGCGGCCAUGCAGCACCAGUGCUUGACAUCCAGUGGUCUCCUCAUGACGACAACAUCAUCGCAAGUGCCUCAGAGGACUGCACAGUGAAGGUGUGGCAGAUCCCAGACGGGGGUCUGACGAGUCCAAUGACUGAGGCCAUUGUGACCCUGGAGGGACACAGUAAAAGAGUGGGAAUUCUGGCUUGGCACCCAACUGCCUUCAAUAUCCUCUUGACUGCAGGCUGUGAUAAUGUAAUUUAUGUGUGGAACGUGGGCACAGGGGAGCUCGUCUACCAGCUGACCGAUGCCCACCCAGACCUAAUCUACAGCGUCAGCUGGAACAGGGACGGCAGUGCUGUCUGUACCGUCUGCAAGGACAAAGCUCUGCGUGUCAUAGACCCACGAAGAGGCACAGUCCUCAAGGUGAAAGAGAAAGUCCACGAUGGCACCAGGCCAAUGAGAGCUGUGUUCCUCUCAGAUGGGAAGAUACUCACCACAGGCUUCAGCCGUAUGAGUGAGAGACAGCUGGCAUUGUGGGAUACAAAAGAUCUCUCUGAGCCAAUGGCAGUCCAAGAGAUGGAUACAAGUAAUGGCGUUCUUCUUCCCUUUUAUGACCCUGACACAAACAUGGUCUACCUGUGUGGGAAGGGGGACUGCACCAUCCGGUAUUUUGAAGUGACAGAUGAAUCCCCAUAUGUCCACUUCCUCAGCUUAUACAGCAGCAAGGAGCCUCAGAGAGGUGCAGGCUUUCUAAGUAAAAGAGGUGUGGAUGUCAACAAGUGCGAAAUUGCCAGGUUCUACAAACUCCAUGAAAGGAAAGUGGAACCGAUUUCUAUGACUGUUCCACGAAAGUCAGACCUGUUUCAGGGAGACCUGUACCCGGACACAGCUGGCUUAGAGCCAGCUCUCCUGGCUGAUGAAUGGAUUGCUGGGCAGGAUGCACCACCCCUGCUGGUCUCUCUUAGCGGUGGAUACACAGCUCCUCCAUCCAAGCACAGAGACACUCUGAGAAGCAAACCCCAGCUUGUCUCGCAGGACUCUGGGGCUGGGACCACCUCACCUUCAGCAGGCAGUGUAGCAGCUCCCACAUCUACAUCUACCUCUGCUGCCAAGGAGGUGGAGGAAGAGGCACCAUUGGCACGAGUAGCAACAAAGGAGACGGAUGGAAAUAUUGAGAAGUCGAAGAGAGAGGACGACCUGUUGAACGAGUUGUUAGCUGAAAUGAAGGCCUUGCGUGCUGUUGUCCUGGCUCAGAGCCAGAGAAUCGAGUUGCUGGAGAGGCAGCUGGCCCGUAUUGAAGAUGGGGAUGUAUGAGCAAGGCGGAGAACCACUACAUUCUCAAGGCAUUCUUACUAAAUUCGUAGACCAUAGCCUUACUAGAAUCAACAGUACCUUACAGUGUGUGAGUGGGAGAAUGUAGUGAAGGGUAGCGACAAGCUGUAAAUCACGGUGUCUUACAACCACGUCAACUAUUGUGAUGAAACGGAGACCACGAUUUGUCUCUGUCAUUGUUCUCUAUAGUAUGGCAAAGAAUGGGGUGUCAUCUGCAUAGAGUGAUUAUUGAGUAUAAGAUUAUGUUUUGUUUUUCAUAUGAUGAAGUAUUGUAGCAGCUAUUUGGUGGUGCAUAUAAUGCUACUUUGAGAUUUGCAAAAUCUUGGUGUUUUGAAUUUUUGAAGGGUUUUGAAGGAGUUGCUAUUGCACCAUUGCCUCAAAUUAAUGAACAAAGUCAUGAUAAAAAAGCAUUAUAUCAAAGUUAAUGAAUGGCAACAUACUAUAGCAAAGCAAUUAAGCACCUCCAAUAUGUUUUUUUUUCUAUGAAGCACUCAAAUGUUACCAUUAGGGCUAUUUAAUCAGGUAGUUAAUGCUGCUAAACUGUGAUGUCACAUCAGAUACCCAAUUGUUAACUCAUUGUGUGACUUGUGCUUUGUUUUACUACUUGUUUGUUUUAUAGGAUGCCGUGUGUGAGUAGGAAAAUCUUAUGGUACACAAACCAUGACCUUGACAGUGAGAACUGUGAGAAUAAUAGCCGAUGAGAGUGUAGUUGAAUAUUUAUAUGUAUCGUAAUUCUGUGUCGUCUUUGCAGUCAAUGAAAAGGUAACACUGAUUUUAUACCUCAUGUUAUCAGGAGAGGGCAGCGGCAUUGAAGCUUUCUGUACCAUCGUGAGGGAAGAUAUUUGUCCACCUUAUCAUUAAGAUGAUAAUUAUAAAUACACAGAAACACUUGCCUCUUUCCUCCUUUUGACGUGUGGAAAAACUCUAAACUCUAACGGACCGAGAUCUUGACUUUAUAUUUUGCAGAGCAGCAAACUUCAUACUUUUUUGUCAGACAUCUUUUUUCUGAGCUGUAUGCAAAAGUCAGAGUUGCCCAGUGGACACAGGAUCUAAGCUAUACAGGGCAUACAAAUGUUAGCUAACAGUAAUUACAGUGCAGUCUCACAGUUCAGGAAAGUGUUUUGCAGAAGGAAAAAAGAGGAAGUUACAGAACCUUUUUCUACACUUUUCAUUUGCAUUUGUAUUUGUGUAAAACGAAAGAUCAUUUCCAGUUUUUGUAAUUUAGUUUUGUGUUUCUUGACUCUACAUUUUGAAGAAUUUCUGUAACAAUCAUGUAACAAUGGUACAUUCCACAACAAACUUGCCCCUUUAUUACUAAGGUCAUUUCUUUAUGCACUUACCUCUUGACACUAACUGUAAAACCAGUAGCAGGUUGAAUGAGACUACAUUGUGAAAGCUCAAUAAACAUUCAUUCCUCCUUUAUGUUAA